CCUCGAAUACGUGUGGAUCGACACUUGCUGUAUCGACAAGUCAAGUAGUGGCGAGUUGGUAGAGGCCAUCAACUCCAUGUACAGCUGGUACGCACAGGCCGAGGUCUGUUACGCCUACCUCUCGGACCUCAAGACGACUGCGCCCCUGGAAACAUUGACCAACUGUCACUGGUUCUCGAGGGGAUGGACUCUCCAGGAACUCAUCGCUCCUAAGCGUAUGAUUUUCUUCGACGAGAACUGGAACCAGAGGGGCACAAAGAAGGACCUCGUCGACAGACUCUCGCACAAAACGGGCAUUCCCAAAGCAAUUCUUCUGCACCAGAGGCCGCUCUCCUCGGUGUCCGUUGCGCAAAAGAUGUCGUGGGCAGCAGGCAGGAAAACGACCAAAGUCGAGGAUACGGCGUAUUGUCUCCUUGGCAUUUUUGGUGUUCAUCUCCCCUUUCUGUACGGCGAGGGCCACCGAGCCUUCCGGCGACUGCAAGACACCAUUGUCAGCUCGGUGCCCGACUUGAGCAUCUUUGCCUGGAAGCUGCAACCACCUCCGUCCUCAACAGACCCGGCCGAAAGAAACUUGCAGCGCCGCGAGUAUUGCGGUGUCUACGCGCCGUCACCCUCCGCAUUCGCCGCAUCUCGAUCCUUCGUGAAGCGAAAGGCAUUUGGCCGGCCGGAGCUGCUGCCCAUGAACGGCAGCAUCAUGGCCAGGAUGCAGUUCUUGAUCGAGAUGACGCCGAAGAACGGAGGAUACCGCUAUCUCCUGCCGCUCGAUUGCCACCCAGAAUCCAAACCGGACGUCACACUUUAUGUCCGACUCCGGAAACUUGGUCACAACGAGUUCGUGCGGGAAAACCCGUACGAUGUUGUUGAGUUCCCCCAGACCAAACUGCUGGACCGCCCUAUCAUCCCGGUCAGCCGCUAUCUCCUGCCGGAGCUGCCUUUCCAUGAAGAAGACGCGUUGAUCGGGCAAAUCCCAAGAAAUCCAAAUGCUGACUUCGUUGGUCAGACUCGCACUUGUGCCCUCCAAGUCAAACUGCCCGAAGGGAUGUGGCUGCAUAUGCUGGACGUCUGGCCUGGCCAUCGCUUUGACGCAGAGGAUCACAUCUUUUACCUCGGCGGUCAUGAUGCAGGGCACGACUCCGCCAUGGCGCGUCUCAGGGGAGGUCGUCUUUCAGAAGCAGGAGAACCCAUGCAAGUCGAUUUCGAGUGCAUCUUCUGUGCCGCCGGCUGGUCGUCGACGAACCCAGACUCGCGCCAAUGCACCGUGCUCGAUUACGGCAGAUUUGCGUCGGCCCUGUCCGAGUUCCGGGCAGAGGUCUGCGGCUGGGACUUUCGGACGAGCCACUUCCUGGAACGACUGGUCUACCACGGGAUGCCCAGGGCUUCCUCAGCUGUCGUCCAAGGGAAGAAAUCCCGUAUGCACGUGUCUUUCAAGGGGAGCCUGGUGCAGGAUCCCAAUAUCUGCCGGAAUAAGUUCUGGAGGAUUGAGUUUUUAUGUUCACCUUGCGAAGAGCAUGAUGCUCAGGCGUCUGAUGGUGCACGGAUUGACAGAACCGUUUGAUUCGCAAAAGACCCGACCGUACCAAGAGUUGGGUGGCACCCAUCUUCAAAGCUCCUUAUCUCUGUCCGGAGGACAAUUUUGUUGCCAAAC